UUCCAUUUGCAUCACACUGUGGGGCAAAGUCUACCGUACUAAUGAGUGCGGAUUAACGUGAAGAGACCUGGAAGAGGAUGCUACACAAACUGGUUCUUCCAAAUCAGCACUUUGACUGGACGGGAAAUAAGAGGACAGAGUUCAUUUUGGAUUUAGCAGCCAAAGUUUGACGUAAUUCUUCCCCGGACAUCAGGAAUAGUCUGGAGUGUCACCAGGGAAGUAUUUCCUAAAAGGAAAAAUAGAGAUAUCCUCAACUUAGACUUGGAGGUAUCCUGAAAAAAAAAUUGGAUUAAGGGAAAAACAUCUAAAGCAAGUUGUGUGCAGUAAAUUCACGGUUUUCUGGAUGUCUCCGCUGAUGCAGACAGCAGCUGGUUAAUCAAACACAUUCACACCCCAAAGAAAAAAGUAGCACAUUUCUUCUUUUAUUGCAACUUAGUGGAUUUUAGACUUCAUCAGCGCCGCUGGUAAUCAAUAUAUGAUCGAUUUUAGGGGGAUUUUCCAGCAACUCUUCCUUUUACAAUAACGGGAUUUAAAAAGUCUACAUGCUGAAUAUAACGACUCGUCGACGUUUCUGGACAUGGACGGACAUCGAGGAGAUGAAAUAAAGGAGCCGUUUGAAUAAAUAAGAGUCAGACUUGUAUCAUGAAAAUGUUAUUUGGGUGAAGUCCUCGGAAAGUCGUAAGGGAAGCCCCAAUGAGUGGCACACAGUCAACACUCACUGACAGGACCCCAAGCAUUCUCAACAAGGACCCCACAGACAAGAAACCUAAAAAUGAGAAAUCCUCUGUCUCCCUCAAACAUGAGUUUGACCCUACAGGUCUUGUCCAGCGGUGUGUGAUAAUCCAGAGAGAUGAAAAUGGCUUUGGGCUGACUGUAAGUGGAGACAACCCUGUGUUUGUGCAGCUGGUAAAAAAACAUGGAGCUGCGAUGCGAGCAGGUGUUCAGACAGGAGAUAGGAUCAUUAAGGUUAACGGGACCUUGGUUACACAUUCAAACCACAUAGAGGUUGUAAAGCUAAUAAAAUCGGGUUCCUAUGUAGCCCUGACAGUGCUGGGGAGGCCUCCGGGGCUUCCUCAUGUGCCCCUAGAGGAGGGAGAGGAGGAAGAGAAGGAGGAAGGGGCAGAGGUCAGCACACUCUACUCCUCUCUCUCAGUGCCUCACUCACCUGCACUGCCAGGUGGGGAGAGAUCCAGCCAUGUGACCAGCAGCCCCCAGGAGCACAUCACCUCCUUUCUGCCUGAUGGGCCUGAGAACAAACCCGCACAGAGUCAAAAGGCUGACAACAUGCAAAAGAUGCUACUCAAGGAGCAACAGGACCUACAGUCAAAGGAGGAGGAAUCCAGCAGGGACAGUGGGCCUUCUAUUCAUCUGAGGGAACAGGCUAACGCUAUCGCUACCGACGGGACCUGGACCAACAAUAACUCUAUGCAUAGCAGCCCCCUCCCAGAGAGUACCGGCAAAAGAGAGACGCCCUGUCAGAGCCCGGACAUCAGUCGGCGAGACGGUCUCAACUUCUACUCAUCACCUGAGGCUGACGACCACCCUGACAUGGACUCUAGUGCCCAGUCUACUGUGGGUAGUCCCCCACAUCCCCUCAACCCCCAGAUCAUCGGAGCAGAAGAUGACUACUUUGACUCUCAGCAAGAGCAGAUUAAUGGAGAGUGUAGCUCUUUCCAGAGUUUGGACUUAUUGAAGUCUCGGCCGGCUCAUCUUGCAGUUUUCCUCCAUCACGUCGUCUCACAGUUUGACCCUGCACCUUUGCUCUGUUAUCUCUACGCUGACAUGCACAAGCAGACCAGCUCCAAAGAAAGUCGCCGCUUCUUCAUGGAAUUCCACUCACUCUUUAUGGAUCGAACAGCAAAUCUUAAAGUCCCACUGCCAGAAUCAAUUGCUGGUGAAAUGGAGAAGCGGAGGCUGGAGUUAAUCCCAGAAGAUAUUUGCAAACAGUACACUCAGGUUUUACAGGACACACUUCUGCCAGACCUGCACAAGAAUCUGGAAGAUUUCAGACAGAAGCGUAGCAUGGGUCUGACUCUCGCUGAAGACGAACUGUCUAAGCUGGACACAGAGCAAGGAAAAGAGGCCUUGGAGAAGGAAUGCUCCUGUGCUGAACACAUCCUAUCCAAGAUAGAGGAUAUCCUGUUGACAUCACAGCCCACAGAAGAGGAGAAGUGCCAAACAAUGCAGUAUGUGAUUCUCACCUAUAUGAAGCACCUUGGGGUCAAAGUGAAGGAGCCUCGGGGCCUCGAACAUAAACGGGCACGCAUCAAUUUCCUGCCUAAGAUUAAGAAGAGUAUCAAACCUGAGAAGGAGGGUGAGGAGAAGGGGAAAAAGCCACGGUUUCCCAACAUACUUGGCCCACCUCGGCGUCUGAGUAGAGUGGAUUCCACUUCAGUUGGUAAGGCUGUGGAGAUGAACAAGCAGCGGUCACCAAAGCAACUCCCUCAGCCAGCCUUCGGCAUCCCUGAGCAGUCUGACUCUCCAGCCCCAAAUUCUGGUCGGACCCGUGUAAAUCAGCCCAGUGAGGGAUCGGACACAAGCACCCAAUUUUCGCCUUCCACCAUCUCCCCUAUACACAGCUCGCCCACUGGUCAGGCCUCAGAUACGAGUGGACACGACUCAGAUUCCAAUUUGUCUCCAUUCUGCAUCAUUCCCAGACCGGGUGAGAGUCUGCAGUCUGGCGACCAUCAGGAUGGGGUCUUCAGUCCGACCAACACUCAGUUUGACUUCAGUCCCUCCAACCUGGAGCAGUUACAGGAGGAAGACCAGGAAACUUUCAGCAGCAGGAUGGAGGUUCAGUGUGCCGUGAGUUCAGCUGACAUCCAGAGUGAAGACGACCAGGGAGGUGAGAUGGAGUGUGAAGAGGAUCCUCUGACCUGGCAGAGUCUGGUCAGCCAAGGUGUGCUGGCAAGCUUAACACCACAGGAGAUUAAGCGACAGGAAGUCAUCAAUGAGCUUUUCUACACUGAGCGUGCACACUUGAGGACGCUGAAGGUGUUGGACUGUGUUUUCUACCAGAGGUUGAACAGAGACAGUAUCCUGCCACCAGAAGACAUCAAACACAUCUUCAUUAACCUGGAGGAAAUCAUUCAGCUGCAUGUUUCUAUAAUGGAGCAGAUGACGGCAAUCAGGAAGAGGAGUGAGACAUCCGUGAUUGGUCAGAUUGCAGAUGAUCUUCUGGCGUGGUUCAGUGGUGAGGGAGAGGAGAAGAUCAAAAAAGCAGUGGGAACUUUCUGUAGUAACCAGCCGUCUGCACUGGAGCUCAUCAAGAGCAAAAAGAAGAAAGACCAGAGGUUCACUUUGUUCAUGCAGGAGGCUGAGAGCAACCGUCUGUGUCGCAGGUUGCAGCUUAAAGACAUCAUUCCUGUAGAGAUGCAGAGAGUCACCAAGUACCCACUCCUACUGGACAACAUUGCCAAGUACACAGAAGAUGGUGAGGAACGGGAAAAGGUGAAGAAAGCCGGAGAAUGUUGCAAAAAGAUCCUCAACCAUGUCAACCAGGCCGUCAAAGAGGCUGAGAAUAAACUGAGGCUUGAGGAGUAUCAGAGGAGGUUAGACCUCUCAUCUCUCAAAACAAGUGAAAACCCCAUGAUCCUGGAGCUGAAAAAUUUGGACCUGACCAAGAGGAAGAUGGUGCAUGAGGGACCUCUUUCCUGGAAAGUCAAUAAAGACAAGACUAUCGAGCUGUACACAAUCCUCCUCGAGGACAUCCUGGUUUUACUACAGAAACAGGACGAGCGUCUGAUCCUGAAAUUCCACGGGAAGAAUCUGGCCAGUGCUGCCGACACCAAACACAUCUUUAGCCCCAUCAUCAAACUCAACACUGUUUUGGUUCGCCCGGUGGCUACUCACAACAAGUCUUUCUUCGUGUUGUCCAUGUCAGAAAAUGGGGCUCAGAUCUAUGAACUGAUGGCUCAGACAGUGUCCGAUCAAAGAACGUGGCAGUGUUUGAUCACACAAUGUGCUGACGCCAUGAAGGCCAAACCUCACAACAGAGAUGCACCUCCAGCUCAGUCUGAUGCUGAGGGCGAUGCUAUUGAGAUCAUCAAACAUGGGAUGCCCAAGACGAGCAAAGAUCCUAACAGGACAUCAAGUGGAAGCAUCCAGUCUUCAGAUAAGGAUGCCACAUCUUCUCCUGAUGUUCAAGCUCCAGCAAGUAUGAACCCCUUCGAUGGCAUGAAAUCAGAAGACGAGGAAGACGAGCUAGCUGUUGGAGACAGACAGGAGGAAGAGGAGCUGGCUGUAGGAGACAGACAGGAAGAGGAGGAUGAUGAAGAGGUGGAUGAAGCAGAACUAGAAGCUUUCCUGGACGGGCAGCUGGCAGACAGAAUGCCCUUCCUGCAGGAAGGAUCACGUCAGGGCAUCGCUCUUGAAAACCAAGACCACGACACAUUCAGUCUACCCACCUCCAAAGGUGAAGAGGCUCUCAGGACAUUGGCGAUGCUGAAGCAGGCUGUCUUCACUCAUAUACUGAGCAGAGAGGCAGAGGAGGAGACGGAGGAGAACAAACCGAGCAGUGGCCCUGAAGGGCCCACUGCGACAUGUGAUGAGAGUGGAGCGUCCACAAGCUCACAGAAGGACAGCCCUCAUCUGACUUCAGGACUGCCUGAGGCAACUGAACGCAACGGUGGGUUCAUGGUUCUAGAUUUUGGCGGAGGCUUUGAGGAGAGCAGCACUGAUGAUGAUGGAGGGGUAGCAGGUGACGUGGGCAUCGACAUGAGAAAACUACUGUCCUCUUCAUCGCAGACAGGGGGCAGCUGUGGCCCCAACCUCAACAGGCAGCUUAUGACCCACCUGCGCCUCCUGCAGGCCGACCUACAGUAUCUUAAGGAGGUGGAGAUGAAGUACAAUGAGCUGCGACAAACACACAGUGACCUGGCUACUGACUUGGAUGACAACAAUGAUGGGAUUCAGUGACGAAAGUCUUUACGUGCUCUUGGUCAUAUGAGUCAAGUUUCAUGCUACUCCAUGAUCACAUCCUUCCGGUUGGAUCCUCGGCCAUUUAACGCUGAUGUCGCCCAAUAACAGAGGCUUAAUGUCUGAUCUCCCACUUCAGGCAUUUGUGACAAUCAGGUUUUGAUGUUUUCAUCAUUAUAAGGAAUGUUCUACUAUAAACUCAGCAGAGAAACUGUGGAAUCAUCCAAGGACAAUUCAGUCACUUUUUGGCUAUAUAAUACUAAUCACAUAAGUUAUCGUAAACACUGGAGAUAUGAAGUGGAAAAUGGAGUGAAGUCACACAGAUGUACAGCAGAGAAACAUUAAGAAAUAAAAGGAGACAUGAAGACUGUGACCAGAAUGAUUCUCUGAGGAUCAAGAAGGCAGACUGUCUUGUUCAGGACUCACUGCUGUAUAAUAUCUGUGGAUAUUCAGCCCAGCACAUAGUUGAACAUGCUUAAAGACAGACUUCUUUGCUGAAAAUCAGCCGUUAAAUGCCAAAAUGUCCUCUCACCGCACUGAGUAAGUUGUUAAAGUCUGCAACGUUCACAGAAGUCAAACAGGAGGCUCUAACAUCUAUUCCUACCAUCCCCAAAUGUUCUCAAAGUAUGUUACAUGUUGUAUGUCGUUACCCUAGCUUAGCAUAAAACUGGAACUAAGGUGGAAGCCUGACUGACUGAAAAAAAAAACACCUACCAGCAUCUCAAAAGUUCACUACUUAACCAUUUUUAUCUUGUUUAAAGCAUCAUUACCAACAGAAAUGUUAAAAUUAAUGUUUAUAUUAUUUUAAAGGAUUUUUUUCUCUCACUAAAACCACAAAUUGUUUUUAUUUAUGUUUCUGUAUGUUUCAGGUGUGUCCAUGCAUAUUUUUGAACUUGAGCUGUUUCCUCCUACUUCCAGUCUUUAUGCUAAGCUAGGCUAAUCAUGUCGGAAAUCCAGCUCUGUACAUGAGAUUGACAUUGAUCUUCUCAUCCCGCUCUUGGAAAGAAAGCAAAUAAGCAUACUGUAUUUUUCAAAACUAAUCCUUCACACACAUGAAUAACAUCAUUCAGAAAGGGCUGUAAGAGGCUUGCUCAUUUCUUGUUAAGGUUGAUAGACUUGAACAUCAUGUAUUUGGGGACUUGGCCACAAAUUUCCAAUGAAAAAUUAAUUGUCCUGUUUGCAAAGUUAAAGUCUUUAACAGUUUACUGUUUGUCUUUUCGGUUUAAAUGUAAUAGCAUAAAAAUGAAACACUGUUUAGCAGCUGACUUUUAAACUUCCUAUAGCACUUGAAUGUAGCAUAAUAUAGCAAACAAGAUCUAAAUCUGCCUACAGUUGACCAAAUUUCAACCAGACUCACUGUCAUUGCAAACAAAUAAACCACGAUAAACAGACAACAGAUAAAAUCAGAACCUCCUUCACAUGUUUGUGUUUCAAAGAAAUGACAUUGCGUAAAUGGAUUACCAGCGCUUAAGGAUGAAUGCACAUAGAAAUACAGUUCAAUCUUUAUCAUUCUCGCCCUCUGUCCAACCACUGGACAAGAAACUGCAGCUAUAAAAGAAUGAUUCACAUUGUGUUCAACUGCUGGUGUUUUUCUCUGAUGCGGAAGAGCAUUUAAGAACACAGUUCACCAUGAAUUGUAUUUUUUAGAGUGUGCACGUGUGUGAAUUUACUGAAUUUACCUUUAUUGUAAAAAAUAUUUUUUGCAUUCCACACCUUUCUUUCUUACAUCCACUGGCCUCCAUGAUAGUGAAGCGAUGGACUAAUCUGAGUGUAGUUUUACACCACAUUUGCACAUCAUCAAACCUUAAAAACUAGUAUAUUUUAUUCCUGUUAAAUAUACUAAGGAUCCGUUGCAGGAUCACUUCAGUUUCUGCAGCAGGCUCCUCGGAAAGGCCGUCUUCAUCUUUUAAGACCACCAGCCUGUUACCCCCUUCAACCUUCAAAGAUUCACUCAUCACUUUAAUAGUUGGACUGAGCACGAGCCACAAGACUGCACAGACGACAUUAAGGCAAAAUAUAUGAAAAAAGAAGAAACAAACCUGAAAAGACAACAAGGAUUGUUAUGGACUAUUUCAAUGUAAAGGAAUAUAAUGUACAAUUAUGACUGUAUAUCAAAGAUUUUGUGUUUUGUUUUUUUUACACCAUGUAAUCAUGUAAUGUUUUAACACAACUACUACUUACAAAGGGGGUUUAAAGUAUCCACACAGCAUUAAUCUGUUUUAUAAAUGUUCUAUUCAAAGUGUCAUAUUUUAUUACAUCGUUAUUAACCCUGUUAACAUGUUUUAUAUGAAGAGAUUUUAAACUGAUCUGUUGUUAAAAAUGAAGGGAAAGACUGAAAAAA